UUGUUUGUUGAUUUUGUCGUCUGCUCAUCAGCUCAGAAGAAAAUGAAAUGCUUGUUUUCAUUUAGUUAUGGUUUAUUAUAUUUGAAGUUUUCAUGAAUCCAUUCUUGUAUAUUUUCUCAUGAUAGACGCUGCAGAGACCCUUAUUGCUGUACCAAAAGAUCAAAAUGAAAGGAAAAGAUGAUGCAGAAUUGGACGGUGCUGGAGGUGGCACAGGGUCUUCAAGAAAAUGUUCAGGAAAAAAUAGUGCUGCCAUGGAUUCCUCAAUAUCAUCUUUUAUUCAUCAGGAGAAGUUGUGUAAGGAGUUAUAUUUAUCAAUGGGUGUUCAACCUAAAGACAUUGCUGAUACCAGUGAUGAUGAUGUCGCAAGCAUACUUGAGCAAAUGAGUAGAUUACAUCCAAAUGUACAGGAAACAGGGGGUGGCAGUGAACGGAAUAUAGAGGAUAUAUUACGAGAAGCAGAAUGCCUGCUGGAUGGACAGAAAAGCCAUCUUCAAUCUAGAUCAAAAUCCAGCAGCAUUAGUUCAAGAAGUGAAUCUGAAGCAUCAGGCACCUCCGAUCAGAGGCUUCUCAAUGCAACAAAGUCAGUCCAUUCAUCAUCCUCAGGAUUGAAAAGUGAUGUGAAGCAAAGACAGUUUGACAGUUGCAAUACAGAGCCAUCUGCUUUAGCCUCCUCCUUGCUACAAAACCAACAUGAAACAGUUGUCCCUCCCCAUCUUGUUGGGACUCCUUUAGAAGCCACCUAUAAGCGAAUUUAUGAACAAAUAAGAAAGGAAGUGGAAGGCACUUUAAAACCCCAGCUCACGGGUGACUUCCCUGAUUUGAAAUUGUCAUUACCCAUUCCAGGGUUAGAUACCCCUUCUUUUGAUGUUCCUGGUUGUUUUAAUUUGGAACAAGAAUUCCUUGAGGAGCGCAAAAGGUGUCUGAAGUUAAAAGCUGAUUUAGAUUGGCUUAAAAAACAACAUGAGAGAGAAGUUGCUGAGCUGCGUCGGCGACAUGAAGGGCAACUGAAUCAUGUAAGAGAAGAAUUAAGUACUACAACUAACCAGGAUCCAUCAAUUACUUUACUGCAGAGUGAAAUUAAAGCUCAAGAACGCAUUAUUUCUGGAUACCAAGAUGAAAAUGAAAAACUGUGUGCUGAACUUAAAGAUAUCAAGGAGACGCUCCGCCAGGUCGGAGACCAAUCUGGAGCCAAAAAGGCGGCGGAGGCGCAGCGGCUGCGCGCCGAGGUUGCCGACGAGCUGCGGCCGGCCCUGGAGCAGGAGCUGGAGCAGGAGCUGCGGCCGCGGCUGGAGAGGGAGGUGCGGCUGCAGCUGGAGAAGGACGCGGCGCUGGAGAGGGAACGCGCGCAGGCCCGCGCCCAGGACCUGGAGCGGCAGGUCCGCGAGCUGGAGGGCAUCGUGCGCAAGCGGCAGCUGCAGACGCAGUCCUCCAGCGACCUGCCCUGCUCCUCGCCGGCCAGGGAGCGCCAGCUGCAGCUGCAGGUGGAGCAGCUGCAGCGGGACCUGGACCUGCAGGGCCUGCAGCGCCAGCUGCAGGAACGCAGGGCGGCCGAGCGGCAGCUGCAGGAACAGCUGCAGGCCGCGGAGGAGCAGCUGCAGGAGCGGCACUCGGGAGCCGCCAAGGUGCAGGCCCACCUGCAGACGGUCAAGGCCAAGUACGAGGACCUGGUGUCCAGCCUGGAGCAGCAGCUGGCCGCCGCGAGGCAGGAGGUGGCGGACCUCAAGGACAAGGCCCUGACCACGGUGGCCAGCUCGGCGAGCAGCGAGGCCGGGGACCCGGUGUACGAGGCGGACGAACCCCAAGCCCGGCGCGACAAGGCCGACAAGGACAAGGGCGCGCCCGGCAUGGCCCCCAAACGGCGGCCUCGGCGCAGCCAGUCCGUCGGGGAGCCGUCGCCCUGCCCCACGCCCUCCAGCGGCCACCCGCCGGCCUCCACCUCGGCCUCCACCGAGAUCCUGGUGAUGCCGCACCAGCAGAACCGGCCCGCCGCGCCGCAGCGGCCAGACACGCACCUGCUGGCCACCAUCCGCGGCCUGCAGCACGAGCUGCAGACCAAGGAGAAGGAGGCGGCCAAGCUCAACAGGGAGUUGUCGGACGCGCGCGCCACCAACCGGCGCCUGCAGCAGGAGCGGCAGCGCCUUCUCAACGAGCAGUCGCCGCUCCGGCCCGUCAAGGCAGCCGCCAGCACCGCCGCCGCCGCCGUGGACGCCGACAUGUUGGCGGAGAACCGCGGGCUGCGUCGCGACGUGCAGCGCCUGCAGGAGGACCUCCUCAGCCUGCACACCAAGCGCGUCAACGACCUGACGCGGCUCCAGGCCAAGCACGAGCAGGAGCUGGAGAGCGUGGUCUGCGAGCGCGUCAACGAGCGCCUCUCCGACCGCAGCUGCGAGGGCCGCGUGGCGGAGCUGCAGGGCCAGCUGUACACGCAGCAGCUCGUCAUCGCCCACCUCAAGGAGCAGCUCAAGCACUCGGAGCACGGCGGCGAGGAGUUGGCGCUGCUGAAACGGGAGCGGGACCAACUCGAGAAGAGCGUCUCCAGCCUCAACAAGCAGGUGUCGCGACUCAAGGAGGACGCCUCCCCGGACGCCCGGCGCGUGGCCGCUCUGCAGGACCAGGUGGACGAACUGGAGGCGCGGCACGAGAGCCGCGAGCGCAAGCUGCAGGCCAUCGUGCGCGACCUGCUGCAGCAGCGCCAGGGCCUCGACGGCCAGGGCCAGGGCCAGGGCCAGGGCCAGGGCCAGGGCCAGCACGGCGCCGAGGACGAGGCCUGCUGCUCCGCGUCGGUGCGCCUGCUGCCCCUCGGGCACAAGAACAGGGACCUGUGCUUCUACCGCGCGCAGAUGGACCGCCUGCUGGACGCGCUGCGCGACCUGGAGCGCUCCAGGAGGGGCUCUUCGUCGUGAAGCCGACGCCCCGCUUUCGUUCCACGACGAGAAAACAAGCCAAACGACGACAGCUUUAUUACGCGAUCUGAACCGAUGUCUAUCUUAUUUUUGUGCUUUCUGUGUCUUUCAUUAGGGGAGAGAAUAUUA